AUGGAUUCGCAGUUGCUGCUCCAACGGGAAGCAUCGACGAGGGGGCUCACGUUGACAUCGCUGUGCCAGGUUGGCACGCUCCCCACAUCACAGAAAGUGGCAUGUUGCGGUGGUCUUCUGGAGACGAUCGUGGCGGAAUCUGCGCAGGAUUGUACGGUGCUGCUGCGGGAUGCAACGGGCACGGUACACUGCGCCAUUCACGGUGCUGUAUCGAGCCGUUACCCCGACGUCUUGACCGCAGGGGCACUGCUCCUUCUCCGUGAUGUGACUGUGCUUGUCACAUCCAGUUUGAUGCGACCGGUGUUAAUUGUUUGCUUGGAGCACCUCGCCGCCCUCAUGCUACCGGAAGGACCACCCGAGAGUAGCCAAAGUCAUGCUGUUGGUUUUACAUCGUCGGCGUCUCCGUUUACGGAGCUCCCACCUCAAGGGGAGGAAUAUGUGUCUAACAUGUGCCAAGAUACGUUGCAGGAGGUAUUCCACGAGACGCCACACGAAAUAUGUCUUGGCCCUGUCACAUCCGUAGCCGCUACCACCCUGCCUAAAGAUUCUUUAAUUCCUUCCGGUUUUGACAAUGAUGAGGAUUGCCUGCAGUUGGCAGAUGAUUUUUAG